ACGAGGGCUUGUGGGUAGAGCUGGGCACGCCCCUUCACAAGUUUUAUUACAUCACACCAGUAUAAUGUUCUUCCGCACGAGGAUAGUAAAAAGAUCCUAGUUCGCACAAGUGGGGCAAGGUCUGAGAAACUAUGGCUAGAUUGUUGAGGCGGGAUGUCAUGGGAUUUUGCAAAUGAAAGAAAAGGAGAUAAUUAGCUCGUUAAUGUUCUUCAUUAUUGGAAACUUGGAGAUGGCGGAGCAAUUUAAGUAAUUUGUCCAAGGCCAGUGCUAUAAUUAGAAGGUGUGGCUAGGCUGGGAAGGUAGCUUUUUUUUUUUUUUGGCUGCCUGGGUUGGAAGUGGGAAGGUGGCCCAACUGAGGGAAGAAGGAGGGAGUGAUUUCGCAAAGGAGGUUCUAUAUGGAUCCUUCAAAGGAAAAAAAUAAAGGCCGAGCCAGACAGCAAUCUAGGCCAGCUCCAAGGCCAUCUCCAAGGCCAGCUCCUGGACCAGCUGGAGGGCCAGCUCCAGGACCAGCUCCAGGACCAGCUCCAGGACCAGCUCCAGGACCAGCUCCAGGACCAGCUGGAGGGCCAGCUCCAGGACCAGCUGGAGGGCCAGCUCCAGGGCCAGCUCCAGGGCCAGCUCCAGGGCCAGCUCCAGGGCCAGCUCCAAGGCCAGCUCCAAGGCCAGCUCCAGGACCAGCUCCAGGACCAGCUCCAGGGCCAGCUCCAGGGCCAGCUCCAGGGCCAGCUCCAGGGCCAGCUCCAGGGCCAGCUCCAGGGCCAGCUCCAAGGCCAGCUCCAGGACCAGCUCCAGGACCAGCUCCAAGGCCAAGUCGAGGGCCAGCUCCAAGGCCAAGUCGAGGGCCAGCUCCAAGGCCAAGUCGAGGGCCAGCUCCAAGGCCAAGUCGAGGACCAGCUCCAGGGCCCUCCGGAGGGCCAGCUAGACAGCCUGCAGGAAGACGGCCAGCCCGAUGGACAGCACGAUGGCCAGCACCAGAGCCAGCCCUGUCUCUGGCUCAGACACCAAGCUUGCUUCAGACACCACCAACACCCCAGAGCUUAAAGUGGUCAGAAAUAGUAAAAGCUAAGGCACAGACUAGUUCAGAAACAUUGACUCAGUCACAAGGAUUGAUUCAGCCAUCAGGACGGGCUAGGCCACAAACAACCUCUUGUGAACCUAAGCUCAGGAGUCGUGGAGAGCAAAGUGAAGGAGAAGGAGCUGCUGAGCAGGGAGCAUCAGCAUUUCCAGAACAAAAGGGUGAAGCCUCAGUUAGAAGGAAGGAGCCAUUGCAGAGGAAGAAACAAUCAGAUCUAUCGAAAAUUUAUGAUGUUGGUGUGAAUACUCGGCAACAACUGCAUCAUUUCAUAGAGUCCAAAAGAGGUACUUCAGGAAGGGCAGUCUGCUUGAAGACAAACUAUUUCAGGUUGACAUCGCUUCCCCAAUGGGCCCUGUACCAGUACCAUGUUGACUUCAGCCCACAGAUGGAUUCUAGAAAACUCCGUUCAGCUUUACUUGACAUGCAAAAAGCACAUCUAGGACAACGUUAUUCUUUUGAUGGGACAAUAUUAUAUUUACACCACAGACUACAAAACAAGGUUACUGAACUGUUCAGUCAGACAUACAGUGGAGAGAAAGUGAGAAUAACUAUCACUUUAACCAGUGAACUCUCACCUAAUUCCCCAACUUGUUUACAGUUUUACAAUGUUAUUUUCAAAAGACUUUUGAAUGUCAUGAAGCUAGUACAAAUUGGACGCAAUUUUUAUGACAUUUACAAUGGAAUAGAAGACACCAAAGAGUCAAGGAUGAAUAUUUGUCCAGGUUUCAUUACCUCUAUUCUUCAGUAUGAGAAUGACAUUAUGCUGUGCACUGAUGUAAGUCAUAAAAUUGUCCGAAAGGAUACUGUCUUAGACUUAAUAAAUGACUUUCAGAGGUCUUGGAAAUCCACAUCCCAAGAAGGCAUUAUGUCAGAAAUACUAGGACAGAUUGUUUAUACCAAACACAAUAAUAGGACAUACAGAAUUGAUAGCAUUGACUGGGAGCAGAAUCCAAGAAGCACCUUUAAAAAAGAUGGCUCUGAUAUCAGCUUCUUAGACUACUAUAAAGAGCAAUAUGGGGCAAAAAUUUCAGACUUGAGGCAACCAGUCUUGGUCAGCCUGCCCAAGCGGAAAAAAGGGCCUGAUGGAAGACCCACAGGCCCUGCUCUGCUUGUUCCUGAACUCUGUAACCUCACAGGUCUAACCCAAUCAAUGCGAAAGAAUGUUAAUAUUACCAGGAACAUAGCUGAGCGUACAAGGUUGUCACCUAAAAGAAGAUAUGAUGAGCUCAAAAAACUCAUCGACAAUAUUCAUAGAAAUACUGAUGUCCAGAGAGAGCUUCAGGAAUGGGGUUUAGGCUUUGACCAAGAACCAUUGUCUGUUACUGGAAGGAUUUUGCCUGUGCAGAUACUGAAUGAAGAUAGAAGAGCGACAUUUAUCCGGUGUACAGAUUGGUCAAAAGAAAUGAGAAAUGUGAAGUUGACUGGUCCUAGGACAUUAAAUAAUUGGCUGUUUGUCUUUAAUCAUAAAAAUUCAAGACUGGCAGAAAUUUUAUUGGAGAAAUUAAGUUCAGUUACACAUUCCCUAGGCAUAACAUUAACAUCCCCCACACAAUGUCCAGUGAGAGAUAACACUGAAGAGUAUCUUCAAGCCUUUAAGGACUAUGUUACACCAAAUACUCAAAUUGUUGUUUGUCUGCUGUCCGGGAAUCAAAAAUCCAAGUAUGAUGCUAUAAAAAAAUACCUAUGUAUUGAGUGCCCAGUUCCAAGUCAGUGCAUACUAGAUGAAACCUUAAAGAGGUCCAACAUUCUCAAGGGAAUUGUUACCAAAUUGGCCCUACAAAUGAACUGCAAGAUUGGAGGACAUCUUUGGAAGGUUUCUGUCUCUCUCACAGAUGCUAUGUUCGUUGGAAUUGAUUGUUAUCAUGACACUACAUCGAAACUUAAAUCAGUCGCAGGAUUUGUUGCUAGCAUGGAUUCAACAUUGACGAAGUGGUACUCUUGCUGUCGCCUUCAAAACCCAGGGCAGGAAUUUUUAGAUGGACUCAAAUUUUGCUUGGAAAAUGCAUUAAAGGCCUGGGAGAAUAACAAUAAACAGUGCCCAUUACCUAAGUAUAUAUUUGUCUAUCGGGAUGGUGUAGGAGAUGGUCAACUUCAAACCAUGGUGGAUUAUGAAGUACCACAGAUAUUGCAAUGUCUAAAUUCUCUUCGUAAUUAUUCUUACAAACUUGUAAUCAUCAUUGUGAAGAAACGAGUGAAUGCCAGAUUUUUUUUAGAGCUAAAUGGACACCUUGAUAAUCCAAGUGCUGGGACAGUCAUUGAUGUAGGGGUUACCAGACCUGAAUGGUAUGACUUCUUUAUCAUAAGCCAGGCUGUAAGGGCAGGUACUGUGACGCCGACACAUUAUAAUGUAGUCUUUGAUAAUACCACCUUAACCCCUGACCAAAUACAAUGCUUAACUUACAAGCUAUGCUACAUGUAUUAUAACUGGACAGGUGUCAUUCGAGUCCCAGCUCCAUGCCAGUAUGCCCACAAACUGGCUUUCCUGGUUGGCCAGAGUAUUCAUGACCGUCCCAGUAGCCAACUGUCAGAUCGUCUUUAUUACCUUUAAAUAGCAGAUCUUCUGGACUUCUUUCACAGAUGGAGAUUUUCAGAAGAAUCUUGGCUUCUCCUUUUUCAUGGCCAUUACAAUAGUUUUUUGUUUUUUUUCAUGGGAUGCAGAACAGGAAGGUACUUAAGGGGGAGAUGGAGUUUCUAUGUACUGAUUGAUAAACACUAUUUGAAAAGGCACUGGCUUAGGGGAGAAUUCUUCUGCAACAGAAUAAUAGUACUGCAAAGAAGAACCAUCCCCAAGUAAGGGAAGCAGCUGAUAUAUAGAGUGAGACCCAGAGAGCCUGGCAGAUGGGGGAAAAGCCAUAUCUAAGAUUGUGAUGUAGAAUCGAGGUACGAAAUUCUUCUAGCUACAUUUUUGCUGUUAACAAUGUAGAAUUAGCACAUUCUCAAUUUGUUUUGUUAAAUGUUUUACUUUGCAUGUUUUAUUUAAAAGCAGGUGGUGUGUUAUUCUCUUUGAAUCAGAUGAUAGAAGAAUCAGUUUAGGACGUUAAUUUGUUCCUAGUCUUUGUUGAUAUUCAUCUCUGAAUCCUAUAUUUCCUUUGCUAUUUAACCUAAGAAGUGGAUUUAUAAACAUUGUUGUCUUAAAAAUAGGGAUGAUUCCACCAUCUAAUUUCUCUAAAGCAUCCAAUUCCAUUUUCCAGGAAAAAUAGAGAAACCAUAGUUUUCUGAUUUGUUAAUCUUUGUAAAAAUACUAACAGUAAAACAUGUCAAUCUUAUAUUAAAACACAGCACUGUAUAUUCUCAGUGUCAUGAAGGUGAGGGAAGACAAAUACUCUUUCCCCUUAUUGCCUGGUUUCUCAUCCCCCGUUCCCCAUCCUUUGUUUUUGAACUGACUUGCUAGCUGCAAAGAAAAAGACUGAGCAAUCCCCUCCACAUCCACAUCAAGCCACAGGUCCUUAGACUGAAUAAAGUAGAGAAAGGAAAUGAACAUGUUUCCAAUUCUGACACAAGAAGCAUCAAGUACUUCUUACUAUUAUUGAUCUCCUCACAAUCUCCCUACCUCAAGUGUAACAAUCAAAUGCACUGGAGUAAUCAACACAGAGUGCUUAAGAUGUAUAAAAGAACUUUCUCAUAGAAAAAAAAAAAUAUAUAUAUAUAUAUAUAUAUAGAGAGAGAGAGAGAGAGAGACAGUAUGUGAAUAUACCUGUCUUUAACCCGAGGUUUAUAGUUUUCUCAGAUUAGGUAAUGGGCUUCCAUGGAUUAAUGUUUGAAAAUGUUUAAAAUGUCAAUAUUGUGAUUCAUUUACACUGGUGAACUUAAAUAAAGACAAAUCAACACUUGAAAGGCACAGCGGUCCUACCUACUUUGUCUUGAAUUGCUGUUUAAAAAAAAGCCCCCAAACAUGACUUUUUUCUGUAAAUGUAUAUUAAAGUCAUGAGAAGAUAAUAGUGGCAGCUGUAUUUGAGACUAAGCUGAGAUUAUAGUUAAAUAAAGUUAUGCAUAUUACUUCUGUUUUGCUCUUUGUCAUCAUUAAAGUUCACAAAAACUAUUGAAAAAGUCAGGUAAUUUUAGAAGGAAGUUGUAGCUAUUGGGAGGACCAUGAAAAGCUUCUCUAAGGUAGCACUUAGGCGGAGCAUCAAAGGCAAGGAGGAUUCUAAGAAGCAGAUUAUGAGCUCCUUGAGGGCAGGGACUGUCUAACUUUCUUUUUCCUAUCUCUCCAGCACUUAGCCACUAAGCAUUAUAAUGUGUAUCUUAAGGGAAGUGUAGGGGGCAGGUGGGCGGCUCAGUGGAUUGAGAAGCCAGGCCUAGAGAUAGGAGAUCCCGGGUUCAAAUCUGGUCUCAGACAUUUCCUAGCUGUGUGACCCUGGACAAGUCACUUGACCCCCAUUGCCUAGACCUUAUCGCUCUUCUGCCUUGGAACCAAUACACAGUUUUGAUUCUAAGACAGAAAGUAAGGGUUUAAAAAAAUAAUGAAUAAAUAAAUGGAAGAGAAUUUUUGAUAAGCCUAGAAAUAUAGGGUUAGGCCAGGCUGUGAAAGGUUUUACAUGUCAAAUAAGGAGUUUAUAUUUAAUCCUUGAAGCAAGAAGGAAAAGCCAGUAUUUGUUGAGUAGGGAAGUAAUAUGGUUAGAUCUUUCCUUAAGGAAAAUUACUUUGGUAGCUGUGUGAAGGAGAGAUUGGUGGAGACAGAAGAAGAGGGGAGACAGAAGGCUUCUCUUGUAUUUUCUUUAAUUCUUAACCUUUAAUAAACCUCUAAAAUAUGAUACUCCUUGCAGAGAGAAACUAAUUUCUACCUGCCUCAGUUCCCUAAAUUUUAAUCUUUACACUAGAAAUACUCAGAGUCCCUCCUACUUGCAGGAAGAGCAUUUCCUUUCCUUUGU